UGGUAAUAGCAUGAACUUUAGUUUUGAAACACUUCUCCAGCUCUGGGCGGAAGUAGCUGUGUUGUACACUGUUCUCUGAACAGCACUUCAGUGCUCCUUCCGAAAUGGCGGACAUCGAUUCUUGGGAUACCGAAAGUUUUGAUCCGGAUGAACCCAUCAAGGCGCCGGGGCAUGACAAGUGGGAAGGCGAGGAUGAAGAUGAAGACGUCAAAGACAACUGGGAUGAUGAAGAGGGGGAAGAAGAAAAAGUGACUGAGAGCAAAACAGCUGCAGUGAUGAAAGUACCGGAGAAGAAGAAGCUUAGUGAUAAAAUCAAAGAGAAGGAGAGUUUACAAAAGAAAAAACAAGAGGAGCUUCGAAAGCAGCAGUUGGAGGAAUCUAAAGACAGCACAGAUAGCACACCAGAGGAAGAGCUAGCAGAAAAACUUCAGCUGAAGAAACUUCAGGAGGAUUCUGAUUUGGAAUUAGCCAAAGAUGCGUUUGGCAUUGUAUCGAAUAACAUAACAGGAAUAGAUGCCAUGAGCCCUUCCUCGAAAGAUGACUUUACAGAGUUUGAACGGUUGCUGAAAGAGAAAAUAUCUCUCUAUGAGAAGUCAAUACACUAUUCCAGCUUUUUAGAGUCACUCUUCAGAGACCUGUGUCUUUCAUUGGAAGUUGAAGACUUGAAGAAAAUCAACAACUCGCUGACAGUUUUACUCGGAGAGAAGCAGAGGCAAGAAAAGCAAAAAGGAAAGAAGAAAAAGAAAGGUGGUUUACCAGGAGGCGGUUUAAAAGCCAAGCUGAAAGAUGACUUUGAUGAUUACGGAGAGUUCGAGGGAGGUUAUGCACAAGACUAUGAGGAUUUUAUGUGACCUCCGUUUCCUAACCCCACCUUGUAUUUUUUUGAGUGACGAAACACACACCUCUACAGCGCAUGACCUCUCCCUACAGCCAGACCUACGUCCAGAAUCGAGCUAGAAACCUGAACCAUAUCCCAUAUAACACACAUUAGCCUGAGCUUAAGUGGUUUACGCAGAGAAAGAUUUGUGAUACGUUGUUCUCUGGUUUAUAUUGCAGGUAGGUAAAUCUAGUGUUUGCUGUGGGAAAACAAGAGGUCAGAGUCAGGUUAUGUCCUUUUAUUAAAAGUCUGAAUCAAUGAAAACUGACCGAUGGGAAAACAGAAGCUUCACAUGGAAGUGUAUUAAAGAGUCGACAGUAUUACUGUUUCAAAGAGCUACUUGACAUAAAAAUUGACUUUCUAUGCAAAUUUCAGAAAAAAAGUCUAUGUAUUUUGAAUACAUUUCUGCUGUCCUUGCAUUGAGACAUUACUAGUCACUGCUUUUGCUCAGUAAGACAGCAUUUGAAGUGAUCGAUCUUAGAAGAUUUACAUUAAGGUUCCCUCAACUGCCGUUAUCAGUUUACAUGAACAGCAGCAUUAACACUUAAUACCGUGAUCAAAAUAACCUACAUGUUUAUUACAGUCAUUCGUUACAUUUAGCAGAUGCCCUUACACAGAGCAAUCGUCUCAUUUAUACAACUGAGCUGUUGAGGGUUAAGGGCCUUGCUCAAGGGCAGUGAUGGUGCUGGGAUUUGAAUUCAUGACCUUUUGAUUAUAAAUCCAACAUCCUAACCAGUGGGCUACCACUUUCCAGUAGCAUUAGUAGUUAUUGUUACAUUAACAUCAUUUUUUCUCCCAUCAAUGCAUAAAGUGAAUAAAAAAUGACUGUGGCUGCUUACUGGCAAAAUACAGAAAUAUGGAACAUGAUGUAAAGGAAUUAUUAUGAAUUUAUUAAGACUUCUUUUUAAUCAUGGAUUCAAUAAACAUUGGUCAGAGUAAGUGAAUUUAUUUGACAAUUAACAAAAAUUCAACAUUAUUUAAUACAUGUAUUACUUCUUGUUUAGUAAUGUUAAUAAUACAGUAAAUGAAGGGAAGCCCAAUGUAAAAAAAAUAUCUUAGAAGCGAUCACAUGCCUAUGGACGAUAUGUUUUUUUUCUACUUCUUGGUGAUCGUUUGUAAAUUUUUGUUUAGAUGCAUUGAGUGUAGUGUACCAAAUCUGAUAAAAGCAUAUUUCUAUCUGCAGAGAGAGAGAGAGAGAGAGCGCAGUUUAUGAAUGCAUUCCAUGUGAAUCAGAAUUAUGGAGUUAUGUUUAGUCACACAUUAAAAAAUAUUGUGGUGAUUUUUCUUUCUUUCGCAGCACUAAUUUUGUGAACAUUGUUACAUUUGCAGUUUAACCGCAUUCCUUUAUGCGCAGCGUCAUUAAAUCAUGCAGUUGUUUAUUGUUACAGAAAGAUUGAAAAAUAUCACUAUGGUUACUUUGCAAAUGCAUAUAUAAAGACGUCUUCUCACAGAACCUGAGAGUUUCCAUUUUUAAAGUAACAGAUUUGCGUUAUGAAAAUGUCAGCAAAGCAAACGAUAGCAUUCUGCUGUGUUUUAUAGAGCUCUAAUUUAAUAAAAGUCUUGAAGAAGCAAA